AUGAGCGAGCACAUCAUGCAACGCCGGGUUCGCGGCUACCUGAAUCCAUCAGACGAAGUUCUACAAGAUCCGUACUUUGUUCCUUCGUCCGAAGAAUCAGUCACAUAUCUCUUCCAACACCAGUCCUAUGUUCCAGAAAGCCCAGAUUCAGCUUUUCAUGACUUAGGCUUUCUUGCUGCCGACAAUGAAGAUCAUGAGAAUCACCCGCACAAAAGGCAGCGUAUUGACUCAACGAUUACGCCGACAUCCCGUUUGUUCUCUAGGGGUCUUCCUAGCCGGACGAACGGCGAGGAGUCGCCAAACUCCGGCAAACUUGACAGCCAGGGUGACAGUCAACCCUCUUCCGAAGGUUUGCCUACUUCCCCUCUCAGAAAUCUCGAAACAUACAUACGCCCACCAUUUUCAAGCUUCGAUGCGGCAAUAUCAGGAUAUUACGAUAUUUCUUCGACAACCUCAUAUGAUGCUGUAGUACCACGAACGAGCUCAGCGGAUUUGUUGUCCCCGGUGCACAGCCAAAGCCUUGAAAAUCCUUGCACUUCAAGUCACGACCCUCUCAGUCCGUUGACGGUUGAAACCGGAGAGCCCACUCACUCUGUCUUCCUGGAGGCCUAUCCUCCUCUUCAGCCACCAAGUCACUUGAGAAGCUAUCAGCCUGCCACCAGUCCGGACAUCAUGGCCAACAUGGGCCAGAAGCAAAACCAUAGAUUGCUCAGACCAAAAUUAAUCCCAACAUGCCUCAACCCAGAAGGCGUAGAAUAUAGAACUCCAGUGCCUGGGCUCCAGAGGAACACGCCACCCCGUACAGGAGCCGAGACGCCUUGCACGCAUUCGGCCGUUGCUGGGCAAGAACGAAAGCACGCUCUUUCGAGCGUGGUAAGCCACCAGGCCGCGCCGCUGCAAUAUAUCUUUGUACAACAAUUUACGUCCACGGACGGUUUCAACGCUGAAAAGGUGCAGUGCUUUCAGCUGGCCCAACAAGUCAACGGACGGGAUGUAGUCAUGCCAGAUUGGAAGCCUCCUACUACCAGGCGGGGACCUUUUCGGAACCAAGAAAAGCGGAAAGAAACUGCGCAGGUGAGGAAAAUUGGCAGCUGUAUACGUUGUCGAAUGCAACGCAUCAGGUGUGAAGCCAACACCGACGCCCCAAACGACCAUGAUUCCCCGUGCGAUGGUUGUCGAAAAGUUGGCGCCAACUCUAAAAUCCACCGGCUGCCGUGCAAACGGUGGAAGAUAACCGAAGUCAAGCUCUUCAAGCCUGGACAAGUCAAAGGGCUGGAGUGGACGAGUCGGUGGAAAGACAAGACUAUGACGCCUGAAAUCUACCAGUGGGACUCUCCCGUCGUGAAAGUUAUCACUAUGACAGAGGGAUACGCGGACGGCGUUCCGUUGCUAGUUCGUCGAUUCACUCAGCAAAGUGGCGAUAGGUUGCACCGGACAUGGUUCGAAAACGGCAAGGAGCAGCGCUGGUACAUCGAGCCCUUCGCUCUAGUUGAUCUUGAACGGGCGAGGACACAGCUCGAAAGGUAUCUAAAGUCAGGACUCAGUGCAAUGUUGCACGCGCUGCUUGGGCCAAAGGAGAAGCUGCUCUGGCGGACAUACGACCACGCCAUCCGGCGACUUAAAAGACUGGGUACCCCGGAGGAAGAGAAAAAGCUGAUCUCCAAAACUCUCGACCUUUGGGCAGCCGUCCGCUUGACAACGAGGUCGUUCCAGAUCUGCGGGAAAGAGACACUCGGCAUCCGACCCCUUAAAGGAAAGAUACUCAUCCCACCGGUCAUGGGGGCGCAGCUCGAUUUCAUCCUCCUCAACCAGACGCUACCUAAGCUUCGCAGAGAAACUUUGGAGUUGUUACAGAGUAUGAUGCAGGCGAAGAAGCAGAAGACUUGGCUGACGACAUACCUGGUCACGGCCAUGCUCCUUCACAACGUGGCCCUCAUCACGGCUCACGACCACAGCUAUGCCAAGAAGCAUGGCCUGAGAAGCAACUUUGCCAGGAAGCAUAUGGUCGAGCAAUACCACCUUGGCGCGAACAUCUUUUUAGCCUACUAUCACUAUUGCAACAAAGGCGUAUACCCCUUCUCCACAGAAUGCAAGGAUUCCGAACUGCAAAUUCUGGCUGAGCUGGACGACGAGUCGAUCAAUUUUGUGAAAUACACCAGGGAUUACGCCAGGGAGCACAAGGAUGAGUGGGACGAAUUGCAUGAGGCCCAGGAUUACGGCAAUGACUACUACUUCAUCAGACAGUUAUUCGAGCGGAACUGGAUGCCCCAGUCAACGGUAAUCGACUAG